AUGUCGCCUCCCCUUCCCUGCAGCGCCUACCCGACUGGCUCGGUGAUGCGGGUCGAGGUGUCAAACUUCAUGACCUACAAGCGCGCCACGGUGGAGCCAGGUCCCAAACUGAACCUGGUGCUGGGCCCAAACGGCACCGGCAAGUCUUCCCUGGUGUGCGCCAUCUGCGUGGGGCUGGCAGGCAGGACCUCGCUGCUGGGGCGGGCAGAGGAUGUGUCGUCGUUUGUGCGGCGCGGCGCCUCGGCGGGCUGGGUGGAGAUCACGCUGAGCAGCGGCAACCCCAUGCGGCCGCACGUGGUGCGGCGCGAGAUGCACCGCGACACCAACUCAUCUGAGUGGUACAUCAACCGGGAGAAGGUGCGCAUGAAGGACGUGGAGGAGCUGGUACGGGACAAGCUCAAGGUGCAGCUGGACAACCUGUGCCAGUUCCUGCCCCAGGACAAGGUGGUUGAGUUUGCGCGCAUGACGCCCAAGGACCUGCUGGAAGCCACGGAGAAGGCCAUCGGCAACGGCGAGCUGUACGAGCAGCACUCGCAGCUGAUCAAAGUGCGGCGGGAGCUGGCUGGGCACGACCAGCACAAGGCGGCACUGGAUGAGAGCGUGGCGCAGCUGAAGGCCGACAACAGCCGCAGCACGCGGGACGUGCAGAACAUCCAGCGCAGGCAGCAGCUGAUGGAGGAGGUGGAGCUGGCCCGGCAGAAGCUGCCCUGGGUGGUGUUUGAGGGGCGGCGCAAGGCGUGGGAGAAGGACAAAGAGCUGCGGGACAGCGCCAAGCGGCGGCUGCAGGAGCGGCAGCAGGCGCAGCAGGGGGACGAGGGCCCGCUGGCGGCGCGGCAGCAGCUGCUGGAGCGGCUGAGGGCCAAGAAGAAGGUGCUGGAUGCGGAGCUGAAGGAAGCUGACCAGAAGCUGGCGGGCGGUCCCGCAGCGCGCGGCAGGGACCCGCAGCCGGGCCUGGAGGAUGAGAUGAAUGCGGCGCUGGAGGAGAUCACAGCCAAGCAGGCAGAGAUACAGGGCCUGGCCACGGCGGCCGCCGCCCGCGAGCGCAAGGUUGCGGAGCUGGAGGCGGCGCUGGCGGGGCUGGAGGAGGCGGUGGCGGGGCUGCCGCCGCUGGGCGACACGGGAGAGCUGGGGGCGCAGCGGCAGCAGCUGCAGAAGGAGAGCCACGACAUCGCCAUGCAGGCCAGUGCCCCGCUCCUGGUCUCCAGUCUCAACAUGCAGGUGGAGGAGCUGCAGGGCAGCCUGGAGGCGGUGCAGCGGCGGCGCCGGCUGGCCGAGGACAAGCUGCGCCGCAUCGACGAUUCCAAGAUGAGGCGCCUGCAGGCCCUGGACCAGCGGUACCGUGGCAUCGCCGCCGUCUGGCGGUACCUGCAGGCCAACAGGGCGCGGUUCAAGUACCCCGUGUAUGGCCCCAUCGCUCUUGAGGUGGAGUGCCCUGAUCCGCUGCACGUGAGGUGCCUGGAGCAGCAGGUGGCAGCCAACGUGUGGUCUUUCUUCGUCACCCAGCACAAAGACGACCACGACUUGCUGGAGGAAGAGUGCAAGCGGUUCAACUUCCGCCCCUCCGUCGCCUGCUACAAAGGGGACCCUCAUGAGCCAAUCCGCCACCCUCGCGGCGAGGCCUCUGAGUACGCGCGCUACGGCAUCUCCCAGACCCUGGACUGCGUGUUUGUGGCGCCCCCCGUGGUCAAGCGUGUGCUGUGUGAUGAGGCCCGCAUCCACGAGGCGUAUGUGGGGGAUCGAGGCACGCGGGUAGAGGAGCUGUUCCGCGACCACGACCGCCUGCAGCAGGUCUACACGCCAGACUGCUCCUACAGGCGCGCGGUGGUUGGCGGCGGCGGGGUGGCAGCUGUGCGCACGCGCAGCGCGUACAACAGCACCGCCGAGUCGACGCUGGUUGGCGACCUGCGCCCGGCGCGCCUGCUGUCGGGGGCAGCCACCGUGGACGACGGGCGGGAGCGGGAGGCGGCGCAGGCGGACAUGCAAGCCUGCGACCAGGAAGCGGCUGGGUUGCAGGGCGAGAUGCGGGAGCUGCAGGAGCAGCGGCAGGCCAAGCAGCAUCACCUGGACGGCCUCAAGCGCCAGCAGGCCCGCAUCGCCGACCAGGAGCGGGUGCUGGUUGAGCGGCACCGCUCGAUGCGCACCAAGCUGAAGAGCAAGCAGAGCGAGCUGGAGCGUCUGCGCAGGCAGCCCGGCCCGCGCAAGAAGGAGCCCAGGCUGCGGGCCCUGGAGAUGGCGGAGGUGCAGGCGGGGCAGGCGGAGCGGCUGCUGGGCUCAGCGGCCACCGACCUGGGCAUCCGCGAGGCGGCGAUGCAGGUCGAGCACUUGGCCCAGGCCAGCCAGCGGCGCCAGGCGCAGCUGCGCGACCUGCAGAGCCAGGUGGACCGGCUGACGACGCUGUGCCGGAUCAGUGCGGAGGAGUGCAGGCAAGGCUGCGGGGCGGCUGUGCCGGCGCGGCUGCGCAGGCCGGCGGCUCGGGCUGCCAACCGGUUGCUUGAUUACACUUCGCAAUUGUGCAACCAGGGCUGGCCUGGCCGGCUGGCGCCAGGGCUGCCUGCGUACCGUCCUCUGCUCGCGCCGCCCGACGCCGCCGGCCCCAACGCCGCCGGCCCCGCGCUCCCGGCGCGCAGGAAGCUCAAGGACCGCGCGGAGCAGGCGGCGCCGAUGAGCGAUGAGCUGGCGGCGGCGUGGGAGGCGGCGGCGCUGCCGGAUGAGGAGGCCGGCCUGCAAGACCUCAUCGCCGAGAAGACGGCGGAGUCCGACGGCAUGCUGGUCCAGAACCCGGCGGCGCUGCGCCAGUACAACGAGCGGUGCCGCCAGAUUGCGGAGCAGGAGCGGCAGCUGGCGGAGCUGGAGGAGAAGCGCCAGCUGGCGCGCCAGACGAUCGACGACGUCACGAGCCGGUGGCUGCCCGCGCUGCAGCGCAUCGUGUCCACCGUCAACGCCACCUUCUCCGCCAACUUCCGCACCGUGGGGUGCGCCGGGGACGUGGUACUGCACGAGGCGCCGGACGAGGACUUUGAGCACUACGCGAUCGAGAUCAGGGUCAAGUUCCGGGACAGCGAGGAGCUGCAGACGCUGGACGCCAACCGCCAGAGCGGCGGCGAGCGCUCGGUGUCCACCAUCCUCUACCUGAUCGCGCUGCAGGGCGUGACGGUGACCCCCUUCCGAGUGGUGGAUGAGAUCAACCAGGGCAUGGACCCUAUCAACGAGCGCAAGGUCUUCAUGCAGCUGGUGGACGCGGCCUGCAGGACAGGCACCCCACAGUGCUUCCUGCUCACCCCCAAGCUCCUGCCCGACCUGCCUUUCACUCGGGACGUCACCGUGCUCCAGAUCAUGAACGGAAACCACAUCAAGGAUGUGGCUGUGGGCUUCAAGAUGGAGUCGCUGCUGGGCAGCCAGCGCGCGGCGCUGCUGGUCGCCGCAUGAGGGGGGGAGCCUUGCGCCCCGGCGGCUUUGUCUUGGGGCCGCUGCAGAGGAGCAGACCAGCAGAUUGGCGGCAGCUGCAUAGCCACUGUCCGCUGCACGCGGACGGCAGCGCUGCCAGCUGAGCUGCCAGCCGAGCGCGUUGCAGUUGUGUGGCGUCAGUUCCUUCUUUCACGCCCCGGAGUCUGCUUACAUGCAUACAGAGGCUCCAGAGGGCGCGGCUUGCUGUUGGCAGCCACUGUAAGUUUGAUCGGUGC